UUCAGAAGCACCUGUUCCUGAAGAUUCUGAAUCCGACCAUCCAGAUUUCCGCAGCCAAACUCCCGAGGUGGAGGAAUCUACAUUCAAUCGACGCGGACCUUUGACCAUACCGGAAGUGCCUGAGAAGUCUCCUACUUCUUUGGAUGACCUACUUGAAGGCGAUGGAGCCCAUGAGUACCACGGUUUUGAGAAACAACCCCGUCCACCGACACCUCCGAAGGACAUCAACGAUGAGGACGUGAAACCCUCCGCUUUCAGCUUGGCUCAUGGCUCACAUACAACUUCGCCAUCCCAUCCCGAAGCUCUGCACUCUAUUUUGAAACGUGGAGGGUCUCAAUACGGCGAACCAUGGUUUGACUUCAAGACGAUUGAUCCUAGAAAAAACUAUUCCGUAGAGAAUCGGGAGCAAACGCUAAUAGGGGCUCUGCCCGGCAAGAGCUGGAUUAUGCUGGCGGUGGCUCAUCUGGAAAAUUGGGAUAAUUGA